UAAAAAAGCUCUCCCAAACAAUGAGAAAAAUUAUUAUGUGGGACACCGGACGGCGUCCAGAGACCAAUACGCGUCAUGUCACUUUUUUUCUCGAUGUCGCUUUGUAUCGGAUCACGCGGCACGUUCUGAUUGCUCUCCGAACCGUGCACAAAAUAAUUUCUCUAAGGUUCUUAAAUGGAAAAAUUAUUUUGUGCGGAGUUCAAAGAUGAAUCCGGAUGUGUCACAUCACCAACCCUAAAUGAAGCCUUCCUUUGGAACAGCUUCCGUACUGCCAUUUGGCACUGUUGGCGGUGACCGUACCCACACCACCUUGGCCGUCGCGAUCCUUUCCAUUUUGACGGCUAACAGAUCAGCACUACUCUUUAUAUCACCUCCCUUGUCCCCACCUUCCACUUCUCCCGGUUAUCCCAAAGUCCACAAAGCAACCUAAGCUGCCCAAUCACUCUCCAAUGGCUGUGAAGCACCGUCACCGUCCCGUCGCCGGUUUUCAUCUCUUCGUAGUGCUUCUCUUCAUCGGACACUGCGUCGAAGCCCAACCACCGUCGAAUGAAAGCAAUACUAGCAGCAACAACAAUGGUCCGGGGGCGUCGCCCAAUUUUAACCCAUCCAUGGCCAUCAUCAUCGUCGUGCUCGUUACCGCCUUCUUCUUCCUCGGCUUCUUCUCCAUCUACAUCCGUCAGUGCAGCGGCAACGGGAACGACAAUUUCUCCACCGUCUCCAACGCUGUCGCGAUGACCGCCGGCCGCAUCAGGUUUCAGCGAGGGCUUGAUCCCGAGGUUCUCGAGAACUUCCCGACGCUGGUGUAUUCAGAAGUGAAGGAGCACAAAAUCGGAAAGGGCGCGCUCGAGUGUGCAAUCUGCCUCAACGAAUUCGAGGAUGACGAGACCAUCCGCCUCCUCCCCGAGUGCGACCACGUUUUCCAUCAGGAGUGUGUAGACGCCUGGCUCGAAACCCACGUCACUUGCCCUGUUUGCCGCGCUAAUUACACCUUCUAUUCUCCCGAUCGUGCAUCCAGAAUUCCCGCGCGAAACGAUGGGGCAAUGCUUGCGCCGGCGCCUCCGGCAUCAGCUUUACCUCCCGACGCUCCGCCGGCGGAUCAUGUGGUGAUCACGGUGGAUGAUAUGAAUGAGAGGAAAGAGGAGAUGCGAGAGCUCGCGAGGAUCGCGCAAUCAGAUCAAUAG